UUGAAUUUUCUCGAUCCUUCUUCACGUAACCAACAAUGGUGAUAAAUGCGUUGGUUUCCAAUGCUAUAGCUCUAGCUUCCCAUAGACCACUUCAAUUUUUUCGCUCUUCAUUGUUUCUUUAAAAAACCAUUCUUUUCCUCUACCCAUCUUCUAGAGUUUGUAUUCUGUAAAGCUGGUUUUUUUGCUUGGGCUGUGGAUUUCAGUUUUCUUGACUUUUGGGAAUUUGCAAGCUGCGUGAUGCUGAGAUGAUGAAGGGCUCACAACAGCAAUGGCCUUUGCUGGUUCCUCCACCUCGAACACCGGGUAAAGAAGAGCUCCCUAUUGAUAUUGAUAGUUCAAUUCCUGUUUCUUCUAUGUCAAAGCCUUAUUCUGAUUCCCAGAUUGAAAUGAGUGGUGAUUUUGUGAGGAAUCCUUCCUCCCAUUCCAUUCAGUCAAAGUCCUCUAGCACCCACUCCAUAAAGGGGGUGAGCUUUAGAGAAGGGCAUGAUUUGAACCCUGUUAGCUAUGGCUCUAGGGGGGCUAGUUUGGGUUCGAACCCCGUUAGGUAUGGUUCGAGGGGUGCUAGCUCUGGAGGGUUUACUUCAUCUUAUAAGGAGAUCAACGAUGAGGAUGCAAGGUUAGUGUAUGUGAAUGAUCCUGGUAGAACAAAUCAGCAGAGGUUUAAGUUUGCUGGGAAUUCAAUUAGGACUUCCAAAUAUAGUAUCCUCACUUUCUUGCCUAGGAAUUUGUUUGAGCAGUUCCAUCGGAUAGCUUACAUAUACUUUCUUGUGAUUGCCAUUCUCAAUCAGCUACCUCAGUUGGCUGUUUUUGGCCGGGAAGCUUCCAUUCUUCCGUUGGCCAUGGUGCUCUUUGUCACUGCAGUUAAGGACGCAUAUGAGGACUACAGGCGCCAUAGGUCGGAUAGGAUUGAGAACAACCGGCUGGCGUCAGUCUUGGUGAAUGGAGAGUAUGAGGAUAAGAAAUGGAAGGACAUUUGUGUUGGGGAGGUCAUUAAGGUCUCCGGGAAUCAAACUCUUCCAUGUGAUAUGGUGUUGCUCUCAACUAGUGAUGCUACUGGUGUCGCAUAUGUGCAGACGACAAAUUUGGACGGGGAGUCGAAUUUGAAGACACGGUAUGCAAAGCAGGAGACUCAGAUGAGAACUCCAGUUGUGGGGAACAUAGGUGGGCUUCUGAUCAAGUGUGAGAAACCAAAUAGGAAUAUAUAUGGUUUCCAGGCAAACAUGGAAAUUGAUGGAAAGCGUAUUUCUCUUGGACCGUCCAAUAUAAUAUUACGCGGUUGUGAGCUGAAGAACACGGAUUGGGUAGUUGGUGUUGCAGUUUAUGCUGGGAAGGAGACUAAGGCAAUGCUUAACAAUGCUGGAGCUCCAUCCAAGAGAAGCCGUCUCGAGAAGCGCAUGAACAAGGAGAUCAUCAUCCUGUCAAUUUUUCUAGUGGCACUAUGUACUGUAGUCUCCAUCUGUCAUGGUGCCUGGUUGAGACGCCACAGAGAGGAGUUGUACUUGAUGCAGUUCUACAGGAAAUAUGACUACUCAGAGCCUGAAGUUAAGAAAUACGAAUAUUAUGGUUGGGGAAUGGAGAUAUUCUUUGUGUUCCUCAUGUCUGUCAUUGUUUUCCAAGUUAUGAUUCCUAUAUCAUUGUACAUAUCCGUGGAGCUUGUUCGUAUUGGCCAAGCUUAUUUUAUGAUCCGAGAUGACAGGAUGUUUGACAAAUCCACCAAUUCGAGAUUCCAGUGCAGGGCAUUGAACAUAAAUGAAGAUUUGGGGCAGAUAAAGUAUGUCUUCUCCGACAAAACCGGCACUCUGACUGAGAACAAGAUGGAAUUUCAGUGUGCAAGCGUUGGAGGAGUAGACUACGACAAUGGGAAGGACAUCAGUACUGAAGAUUGGCAAACAGGAUACUCAGUUCAAGUUGACGGUAUGGUUUUAAGGCCAAAGAUGACAGUAAAACUUGAUCAAGACCUUCUCAACUUGUCAAAAAUGGAACAUACAAAUGAAGGCAAACAUGUUUAUGAUUUCCUCGUGGCAUUGGCUGCUUGCAACACCAUCGUGCCUCUCACUGUUGAGACAUCUGAUCCUGCUAUAAAAUUGAUAGAAUAUCAGGGGGAGUCUCCUGAUGAACAGGCAUUGGCCUACGCUGCUGCCUCGUAUGGAUUUAUGCUUGUUGAACGCUCUUCUGGUCACAUAGUAAUUGACAUUCAAGGGAAAAGGCAAAGGUUCAACGUCUUGGGUUUGCACGAGUUUGACAGUGAUCGGAAGAGGAUGUCUGUUAUUGUAGGAUGCCCGGAUCAGACGGUGAAGGUUUUCGUUAAAGGAGCUGAUACAACCAUGUUCAAAGUGAUAGAUAAAUCCUUGAACUUGAACAUGGUUAACGCAACUGAGAGCCAUCUUCACUCCUAUUCGUCAAAGGGUUUGCGAACACUUGUCAUUGGAAUGCGGGAACUCAGUACGUCUGAAUUUGAGCAAUGGCAGUCAUCGUACGAGUCAGCAAGCACUGCCUUAAUGGGCAGAGCAAAAUUACUUCGUAAAGUUGCCAACAAUGUGGAAAACAAUCUUAAAUUAUUAGGUGCGUCUGGGAUCGAGGAUAAACUGCAGCAGGGUGUGCCAGAAGCAAUUGAGUCUUUAAGAACGGCUGGUAUCAAGGUCUGGGUUCUAACCGGUGACAAGCAAGAAACAGCCAUCUCAAUCGGCUACUCCUCUAAGCUACUAACGAGUAAGAUGACCCAGAUAGUGAUAAACAACAACUCUAAGGACUCGUGUAGGAAGAACUUGGAUGAUGCUUUGCAACUGUAUAAGAAGCUCUCAAAUGUUUCCCAUUCCAAUGACGGAGGCCAUGGAGCUGGAACUAAUCAACUUGCCUUAAUUAUUGAUGGAACGAGCCUUGUGUAUAUUUUAGAGACUGAACUCGAGGAAAAGCUUUUCGAGUUAGCUAGCAAAUGUACUGCAGUAUUGUGUUGCCGUGUGGCUCCUCUGCAGAAAGCCGGUAUAGUAGCUCUCAUAAAAAACAGAACUGAUGACAUGACCCUCGCCAUAGGUGAUGGAGCAAAUGAUGUUUCCAUGAUUCAAAAGGCUGAUGUGGGUAUUGGAAUCAGCGGCCAAGAGGGAAGGCAAGCCGUCAUGGCAUCAGAUUUCUCGAUGGGUCAGUUCAGAUUUUUGGUCCCGCUAUUGUUAAUACACGGACACUGGAAUUAUCAACGGAUCAGCUACAUGAUAUUGUACAAUUUCUAUAGGAAUGUCGUUCUAGUUUUUGUUUUGUUCUGGUAUGUUCUCUUUACUGGAUUCACCCUGACAACUGCAAUCACUGAUUGGAGCUCUGUGCUUUAUUCAGUAAUAUACACGUCGUUGCCUACAAUAGUCGUAGGAAUUCUUGACAAGGAUUUAGGUAGAGGUACCCUCCUCCAGUAUCCUCAACUAUACGGGGCUGGACAAAGGGGAGAAAGCUACAAUGGGAAGCUAUUCUGGGUCACGAUAUUGGACACAAUGUGGCAAAGCGUAGCUGCUUUCUUCAUACCUCUGGCUGCUUACUGGGAUAGCACCGUUGGCGUUUCGGCCUUGGGGGAUCUUUGGAUACUUGCAGUCGUGAUUCUGGUCAAUAUACAUCUGGCCAUGGAUGUGAUCAGAUGGUACACGAUCACUCACAUUGCCAUCUGGGGAUCUAUACUUGCGACUUUCAUCUGUGUCAUGAUCAUCGAUGCCUUGCCCUUCCUGCCUGGCUACUGGGCUUUCUUCAUGAUUGCGAAGACGAAGUUAUUUUGGGUAUGCUUGCUUGGUAUUGUGGUGGCAGGAAUGGUUCCUCGUUUUGUCGUAAAAGUAUUUGUACAGCAUUGUAAACCCAACGAUAUUCAUAUUGCCAGAGAAGCAGAGAAAUUUGGAAAUUUAAGGGAAACAAAUGCAGAAACUGAGAUGAAUCCCAUAUCUGAUCUUCCACGGAGUACUGCUACAGCAACUACUUAGAUAUACACCAAUCGCCAUCCAUUUUGUUUUCUUGUUCAUAUUUUUUGGUAUCUCAUUUCUGUAAAAUAUAUCCAGUUUGUUUGUGCUGGUCAAUCAUUUUUUUCUCAAUCAUUUGGUAGGAAGUCUGCGGAAGAGUAUAAAUAUUUGGAGAGUUACACUUAGGCUGUAAAUUUAAUAGUAUUACAAUUACAAUACGUGUAACAAAAACAUUGGUAAUUUGGUAUGAUACAUAUAUGGAAAGAAUGCAAUGAUAUUCUUUAUGGUUUUUCUUA